ACGGGCAUUUGAGAGCUGUCAUGGCGGCGUGCUGGGCGCUCAUGAACCGUAGUGUGUUAACUCUGCGUUAUCAUCAUGUGUGCAGAGGAGUGUUGCUUACACAAAUCAGAGAGAAGAAAAGGUGGAUGAAAGCAUACACACUUAUUAUGGAGAGGAAGAGAAAGAUGGAGGGAACUCCGCCUCCAACGCCACGAUCUCAACAGCCAAAUUUUGACUACCAUGCUGAGGUUGAGGCAUUUGGUGCCAGACUGCAAGAGAGCUUUUCUCUGGAGCUUCUGAAGACAGCGUUUGUGAACUCGUGUUAUCUGCGCUCGGAGGACGAGAGGAGACGGGUGUUGGGGCUCGGCACAGAGACGACUGCACUCAACCUGAAAGACAAUGGCGAGCUGCGGGCACAUGGUCAACAGUUUACACAGGGUUUCCUUGGUGACUGGUGCAGGGGUAACUAUCCCAGUUUACCUGAGGAAGGCGUAGCAGCUAUUGUAGGUCAUCUGACAGGGUCAGAGGUUAUGUGUCACGUUGCGCAGAACCUUGCAGUGGAGGAAUUGACGAUGAGUGCAGAGUUUCCUGUUCCUGGUGUCAUCCUGCAGGGAACGUUCUUUGCUGUGAUUGGUGCUUUGGAACAGAGCAGUGGCCCUGUCAGAGCAGGGCUUUUCAUCAGGGAUUUCCUGGUGACACAUCUGAUAGGGAAAGAUUUGUUUGACAUGUGGAAAGUGGUUGAUCCCAUGGGACUGCUGGUGCAAGAGUUGACCCGUAAAGGUAUGGCUCUACCCGAGCCUCGCCUUAUCCGGUCUGCUGGUGCCAGUACCGUCCUACCACUGUAUUUCGUGGGGCUUUACAGUGACCGUAAGCUGCUGGCUCAGGGUCCCGGUGAAACAGUCUUGGCAGCCGAAGAAGAAGCAGCACGUGUUGCUCUUAGGAACCUCUACGGCUACACAGAGAACCGCAGACCGUGGGACUUCACCACCCCCAGUGAGCAACUUCAGAACCCCAGCACACAGGUUCUCACCAGCGGAUAAAUUAUAUUAUGCCCUCUCCUACCUCAAAGGGGUUUCUCUCAUGUUUAAACCACACUGACAACUCCAGGGGUCAAUGUUGUACCAUAUUAUUGAGAGAGAAAGGCAACUGCUUCAAGAGCAAAUUGCAGAAGGACACUUCUGAAGGACAUAGACCAAAAUGUAUAUAUUUGGCAGUGUCGACCUGAUAACAAAUGCAAUUUGCCAUAAUGUGGCCGAGGAUGCACUGGAUUGUUCACAGACUGCCGAAUCUUACUACUAAAUGAUUCAAAAUACUAUACAUCUAACUUAAGAGUAAUCCAUCUGUUCUGCGGUUGCAAAUUAAUCAAUGAAAUGUUAUUUUAUCUGUUUUUGUCAAUUGUUUAUGUAAAUGUUAAACCUUGGUUGGUAAUGAAAAAAAGUUUCUGAACAAAAGUUGUCUACCGAUUGUUUUUUUCCACUGCCAUUACUCAAGU